GCCGGCUUGCUCCAGAUGUUGCCUCACUCCGAAUUUUGGGUGUUGUUUAGCACGAAAAAAUUCAGACUGCGGAAAGUUUCUUGUUUUCCGCCCAGCCGCCCUCGUUUAUCAGCGAUCCUAAAACCUCCCAUCCCAAAUGCAGAUACCUCGCCAAAUUUGGAUAUACGGGGCAGUGACAUGUGUGGCUGUCGCUGGAAUCACCUACUAUAUUAUCCAGGAAGAUCGUCAAGUCAAACGGCGCAAACAACUGAAAGCAGCCCAUCGGCAGGCACUGCAAUUGUUGCAAGAGAUUGAAAACGAUCGUCAAGCGAUAGAAAGCGAUGUUGGUCAAAUGGAAAAGACGAUAGCAUCUGCUCCGUCAAAUGACGUGGACGAAGAUCGAGCAGUUGCAGAGAAAGAACAUAAACGAAGAGAAUUCGUAUUGGCGCAGUGCAACGAAUUACUUUUACGGUUACUCGAACGAUUAGACGCAAUCCAACCACGCAGUGUCAUUGUUGGACACACUGACAGCCUACAGCUUACGUCUUUCGAGGAUUCUCUAAUACAAGAUAUUAAGUCAAAGAAAAAGCGAAUCAUUCAAAAAGUAGAAAAGAACUUCCGUAAUAUUGAUCAUUGUAAAGAACAGCUUAAGCAGCAACCUCAAUCAUAAAAAAAGGGGACUGUCUCGUAUUCUCUUGACGACCUCCAAUUAACAGAAAUAUUUUGUUAUUAUUGCGACAAGUCACAGGCAUUAUUAAUGGUGAGCAAGUCGACUGACAAGUUGUCUCAACGUCGUGCAAGUAUGCUUUUAUCUUCGAUUGCUUUUCCUUUACUGCAGGUAACGACUGGUCAUAUGUAAGCCAACAUCGUCAUAUCAACAUCCUUACAAUAAUCAAACUUUCCGGUCAGGUGCAGUAACUGUGUUUGUCAUGCUCAGGAUGCCAAGAUUCGAGAU